AUGUCGAUGCUGAUUUCCGAUGACGAUGUUGAUGGCCUGGACUUCGAAUCGAUCGAUCUUGAUGAUGAAGAACCGCGUCCGAGACACUUCAAACAAACAGGAAAGCGCAAGGCCCAACCCAGUCACGACAAUGACGACGCAAGCAUGCCCCGAGCAGUGCGCCAACGACCCGGAUUGGAAGAGUCAAGUGCGCCGGAUGACAUCUCUUCACGUCGAGCCAACGAAGAUGAAGAAAGGAAGUCGGAGGAACAACAUGACACACCGACUUCCUCCGCGUUUUGGCAUGCGAGUGCAAACGCCGUCGAAGCAGCGGUCGAUUUUUCGGAGCCGUCGACAUUUGAAGAAGCAGUGUCUGGCCCGGACCAAGUACACUGGCGCAAGGCAAUUGAUGCGGAGCUCGAUUCGAUGAAGCUUCGCGGUGUCUUUCGUGCGGCCAAGUUACCCAACGGACAAAGCGCCAUUGGCACAAAGUGGGUCUUCAAGAUCAAGCGCAAGGCGGAUGGGUCGAUCGAGAAAUACAAGGCACGACUUGUGGCCAAGGGUUUUCGCCAAAAGUAUGGCAUCGACUACACGGAGACGUUCUCGCCCGUGGUCAAGUAUGUGACGCUGCGAAUGGUCAUCGCCAUUACCAAGCACUUUGGAUGGCCCCUCGACCAGCUCGAUGUGGUGACUGCGUUCCUGUAUGGAGUGAUGAAGGAGAAGGUGUUCUGCGCUGUUCCGGAAGGCGUCAAGAUGGAAGGUGAUUUUGACUGUCUCGAGCUGAUCAAGGCGAUCUACGGUCUCAAGCAAGCCUCGCGUGUUUGGAACGAGACCUUCGACGAGUUCAUACGCUCGAUUGGUUUUCAAGCGUCGGGAUUCGAUCCAUGUCUCUACAUCAUGACUUCGGAAGGCCAUUGUGUUUUUGUGCUGGUCUACGUGGACGAUGUCUUGGUGACUGGAAGCUCGCUCGAGAUGAUUGCGCGCACCAAGAACGACCUGAAGACACGCUUCGAGAUGACUGACAGCGGCAAGUGUGCCUUUGUUCUUGGGAUCGAGCUUUUGGACGAUGAAGAUGGCAGCGUGACUAUGUGUCAGCGCCGUUAUGUCGAUGAUAUCCUCAAGCGCUUUGGAAUGGAUGAGUGCAAGGCUGUGGCAAGUCCGGUGGACGUCAGCUCUCGACUGGUUCCAAGCAACUCUGCAAGCAAGGUGGAUGUCCCAUUCCGUGAAGCAGUGGGUGCUUUGAUGCAUCUGACGACUGCAACGCGACCGGACAUCGCCUAUGCUGUAAGCUUUGUGUCACGGUUCAUGGAGAAACCCCAAGAAGAACACUGGGUUGCAGUCAAGCGCAUCUUCCGCUACCUACAAGGCACCAAGAUGCAUGGAAUCUGCUACAAGCCAAGUGCGAAGAUCGACUUUCGUGGCUAUUCAGAUGCAGACUGGGCCGGUGACCUUGCUGAUCGCAAAUCGACGUCCGGCUACGUCUUCAUGCUAUUGGGUGCUCCGGUGAGUUGGGGCAGCAAGAAACAGCCAAGUGUGUCACUGUCUACAAGCGAAGCGGAGUACAUCGCGCUCAGCCUGGCGAUCCAAGAAGGCAAGUGGAUCAAUCGCUUGCUGUGCGAGAUCAUGGCGGCUGCAAACGAGGAAGGACCCGAGCUCGUCAUCCGUGAAGACAACCAGUCGUGCAUCAAGAUGACGAAGAAUCCGGUCAACCACGGCCGUGCUAAACACAUCGACAUCAAGUACCAUCACAUCCGUGAUGAAGUCAAGCGCGGCGAAGUGAAGCUUGAAUACUGCGAGACGACGUUGAUGUUGGCGGACAUCAUGACGAAGGGACUUCACGGACCGCGUCACAAGGACUUGACGGCGGCGCUUGGCAUCCGUGCGUGUUCGGAUUGA